ACCAAAUCAACAAAAUUUGCCAUAUUUGACCUUUACCAAUUUCAGAAAGGAAAAUAAACAAUUUUUCUAUGCAAGAACACACAAAUCUCAGUAGAACAAUGUUAGGUUUUUGAUCCCUCCAACAACUCACACUUUUUAAAUCCACAAUUAGUUCUCCAGAUUUUUUUUUUCCAAUAUAAGUGGCCCUGUUUCAAAUUAAAGACCUAGAAAACCCCCUCACCACCUACCCCUCAUUAAACAUGGUGUGCUAUAGCCUAUAUAGGGGUGGAUGGGUGUGUGUGGAGUGGAUGAACUGAAACAAAAAUGGCAGUAGGAAAUGGAGGUGAGGUAUGGAAAGCCCAUGGGGCAAUGGUUUUGGUGCAGCUUUUCAAUGGUGUUUACCAUGUGAUUACUACAGUGGCUCUCAAAGUGGGCAUGAAUGAAAUUGUCUUUUGUUUGUAUAGAGACCUUAUUGCUAUAUCUAUUCUUGCCUCAAUUGCCUAUUUCCGUGAAAAGAGGUUGAGGGUUCCUCUGAAUAAACAACUUCUACUGUCAUUCUUCAUUUUAGGAUUGACUGGUAUUUACGGUAACCAACUCUUGUUCCUUGUUGGUCUUGGCAACACAAAUCCGACUUAUGCUGCUGCUUUGCAACCUGCAAUACCAGUCUUCACGUUCAUACUUGCUUUACUUUUGGGUACAGAAACUGCGAAAUUCUUUAAUGUGGAAGGUCAGGCAAAAGUUGGAGGUACCAUUGUUUGUGUUUCUGGGGCAAUUUUAAUGGCUUUAUUCCGCGGUCCAGCGGUGUUUGGAGACGGCACAUUAAACUUCACAGCACAAAUUGAGAUAAGUUCUAAGGUUCAACCAGAGCCUGCUGGAUGGCUAAUCUCUAGUUUUCUGGAGUUUGGACUUGAUAAGUGGCACCUCGGCGUCUUAUGUUUAAUAGGGAACUGUAUAUGCAUGGCAGCAUACUUAGCUCUUCAGGCUCCAGUUUUGAAAAAAUACCCAGCAAGCAUAUCAUUGACAGCAUAUUCUUACACUUUUGGCGUUCUAUUAAUGAUAGGGACGUCAUUCUUUGUGACUGAUGGAUCAACAAACUGGUAUUUGACAUCAUCUGAAGUUGUCGCUGUGUUCUAUGCUGGAAUUGUUGCAUCAGCGCUGAACUACGGACUUAUGACAUGGUGCAAUAAGGUUCUUGGCCCUUCUUUAGUUGCUCUAUACAAUCCACUUCAACCUGCUGCAUCAGCAAUUUUGUCUAGUAUUUUUCUUGGGAGCGCUAUUUAUCUGGGAAGCAUUUUGGGAGGAGUUCUCAUUAUAGCUGGGCUUUAUUUAGUAACUUGGGCAUCUUACAGAGAGAUGCAGGCAGCCAAGGGAACUGUUCUUCAUGCGCCUCAGAUGACGGAUCCCCUAAUCCCACAUCAGACAGGACACAUUACUUCUGUUUCUUCUUCCUCAAUGCCAUAGAUCAGUGAUUAGAUAUUGCUGCAGUUAUCAUUUGCAUGUCCUUUUCUUCAUCUUCUUUAUUAUAAUAUGUAAGUUCACUGCUAAAAAGAAUGACAGAUAUGUAUUGCAGUUCUAUCAAGUUCUUAAAGUAAACUCUUCCUGCAGAAACUUUCUUCUCAA